AUGACUUACAUAAGGAAGUUAAAAUCAGAGAUUACUUUCUCUUUUCUCUAUGAUUAGUUUAUUUUUAUUAAAAAUAGUAAAGAUAUUUAAAAUAGCUCAUUUCUCUAAUGCUUAACUGAUUAAAAGAAGGCUCAAAGUAAAAUUCUUUACUUGACUUAAAUAAAUUCCUCAAGGUUAUAUGGUCUGACUUAACAAGAAUGCUCGAAAUAAUUUAAUGAUGAACUCAAAACUAAAAUAGCACUGAAAGAGUUAAGUGAAAGAGAUAUUUUAAACUUCUUUUUGGACUUUUAUUUUGAUUUAAUACUCGACUUGUUAUACAGGAGAAUUCCUUUAACUUCUUUGUUGAAAUCAGUUUAGUAACAAGUUUAGAUUGAAUGCCUACAAAAUUUAAAUGUGAGCAACGUUCUUGUUCUCGUCUUUGAAAGACUGAAUUUGAUUGACAAAAUAAAUCUUGGUUAGAUAUUAAGUUGCUCCUAUUAAUCUAUCCCAAUUUUUUACAAAAUAGAAGAAACCGAUGAAAACUAAAUUUAUAAGAACAAUCUGAUUUCUGCUUUUUAUUCUUUUAUGGAUUAAUUUUAAAACCAUAUCAUACUAAAUGUUUGCAGCAGCAGUAUUCAAAAGAAGUAAAGAGAAGAAUUUUUUAAUUACUUAGCAAAUAAUAAAGAUAUAAUUGCUGAUCUUAAUGAGGGCUUUAACUAAAGAGGAACUGUUCACUUAUAUUCUUAAUUCCCUAAUUCAAAGCUUAGUCAAUUUACGCUUUUAGACAUUUGUUAACUUGAUCUGCUAAAUGUUUAAUUUUUAAGAAUAUUUACUAACUUGAUGAACUGUAGUAGCAUAAUUUUGAUCCAUCUAAAUUUCGAAAAGGAUUUUAUUUUAUGCACAAAUAAGUAUGUUGUUUCUGUAGAGACAUAAAAAAUAAUUAACACAUUGAAUGAUAAAUACUCUGUCAUUUUUAUCAUACAUAAAGCCUAGAAACAUAAAGCUUAAGUAGAGAAAUACUUUAAAGUCUACCUUGAAUAUCAUAAAUUUGAAUAUAAGUUGCUGUUAAUUUCAGAAAACGAUCCUGAGCCUGAAUAUGAUAAUCUUUUUUUUUAGUUGAAGAAUUAAACUUUAUAAUAAACAAAAAAAUAAGAAAUAAUUUAAUCUUUUGAAGAGUUUUUAGAAGCUUACAUCUCAAAUAGUGAUUUUGAAAACUUAAAUACUCACAUCGCUUAAUAUAAGAACUUGAUUUAGUAAACGAUAAAAAAGCAACUAAUUUUAAAUAAAAUAAGCGAUGUUGAAUCUUAUAAGCUUAUUCAGCAUAUGUUCUCUUAUUCAAAUGUGUUUUCAGAAUUGUUCUACAAAGAAAAAAUAUUUGAUAACUUAUCAAGAUCAUAUUUCAGAGAAACAGAAAACUUUGUAAAAAAGGGAGAAAAAUUGUAAUAACUUAAAAAAAAAUUUGAGUCAUGUAAUCAGCUGAGUGAAAUAACCAUAUUCUUUUUUAAUGAAAUAACUUAAAACAACUAUAUUAAAUAGUCUGUGAUUUCUAAAAUACUCUCUGACUGGAAGUAGCCUUUGGUUGAAGAAAAUAAUAAAAAAAUAGAUUAAAUAAAUUAAGAUAUUAGAAAUUUAGAAAAAGUUGCUUUCAAAUAACUUUCAUAAAAAGAUCAGGAGUAUUUAGAAUAAUUGUACAAAUAAAAAAAUUAAUUAAUUAUUCUUUAAGAUAACUAUGAUAUUUCUAUUGAAAGUUUCAUAAGAGAAAUUAGCUUAUUUACUUAAAAUACCUCAAAAAAUUCAUUCUACAAAAUAGAGCAUGCUUAACUCAAAGUAUAAAUUCAAAGCUACUAUAAAUAUGCCUUUGAGAAGGGAAUACCAAUCUAGUUUAUUGAUAAAACUAGAAAAUUUGGUAGCAAUUUAUUAGAAGAGUUUUUUAAAUAAAUUGACUAGAAAUUCAGAUUAUCUGAUUACAAGAUUGUUUCUGUUGUAGGUCCUUAGUCUUCAGCAAAAAGUACUCUAAUGAAUUAUCUUUUUAGAUGUAGUUUCGAAACCUCAAGUGCCAGAUGCACCAAAGGAAUGUAUUUUACAAAAAUAAACUUUUAAGGAAUGAAUUUGAUAGUUAUAGACACAGAAGGGUUAUUAUCCAACGUUUUCAGGGACUAAUCUUUUGAUAACUCAGUGAUGACUUUACUAUUUUUAAUCUCUAAUGUGAUAAUUUUUAACAUUAAAGACGAGUCUAAUUCAAAAAUGAAAGAGAUGAUGAGCAUAACAGAGGAAGUUAUCAAAUUAUUUAAUAAUAUUUAAGAUAAUUACACAGUACCGGAAAUCUUCAUUGCCUUAAGAGACUAUUUUGAUAGGAAUAAUAUUGAAUUAAAAAAAAAAUAAAUUAUCAAUGAAAUGAUAUAAGUGAACGGAAUCUUUGAAAGUUAGAGCUCAAAAUAGCAAAAUAAAAAUCAAAUAAAAUUAAAGCCAGAAAAUGUUUUUAUAUUCCCAAGUGCUUUUUCUGAAUUGAAUUAUUUUGAAUCUAGGUUUAAACAUAUAAAUACAGGGUUUGGUGAAGAUGUGUUGCAACUUAGAAAGUCUAUAACAAAUGUUCUGAAAUAAUCUAAAGGCUAUCUAUCAAUCUAAGAUUUUUAUUUUAAAGCAGAGGGAAUAUGGAAUAGAUUAAAGGAGCAUGGCCAUGAUUUGCUAAAAUGUAUUACACUUGAAGAGUAUAAGUCUAAAAAGUUAUUAGAAGAAAUUGCGCUUGGUUACUAAAAAAAAAUUGAAGAAAAAAAAGUCAAUUAAAUAGAAGAAAAAGAAGCAAUAUUAAAAAAUAGCUUGACAGAUAAUUAUAUGGAUAUUCAUUCAUUUAAUAGAAUAAAACAAGAAUAUAGCUAGUUCAUAACUACUUUGAAUAUAUAAAUGAAUGAAGAGCUUGAAGAUAGUCUAUAAUAAGACUACAAUGAUAAUAAAUUGAUUAAUUAACUCAAUCCAAGAGACUUUUACUUCAUAUUAAAUAAGACUUAGCAUAGGAACAAAGUCAAUUUAUAAGUAAGAUAAAAUAUCUUUGAGUAAAGAAUUUAAAGUUUAUUCUUUGGCUUGCAAAUUGAUGUCCUUGAAAAAGAUUUUAAUAAAUAAAUUUAAUAAGAAGUCAAUCAAGCACAAUUUGAAUAAAACGAAUAAUCAUUGAAAAAAUUACUUGACUAAAUUCAAGAGGAGUAUUCUGACAAGAUAAAAUAAUUAUAAAAAAAAUUUGAAACAACAGAUGAAUUGAUGAGACAGUAGCUAGAAUAGCUUAAAAACGAGUAUGUUAAGCAUUAUGAUUAAAAUCUCUAAAAUUUAAUCUAAGAAUUUUCAAUUAGUUAAAUUGCUAAGCAGAACUUCGAUGAUGUAAAAAAUAUCAUUCAAGAAAACUAAGUAGAUUAAAUUGCUAAAAAAUUUUUAGUAAAUAGUAGUAGAUUAAGUUCAAGCGAAUAUGAGCUAUUAAUUAAUAAAAUACAAGAGUUUUUCCAAAACUUAAAAUUAGUUAAACCUAAUAAAGUUUAUCAAGAAUAGGAAAUCGUAAAAAACAUAUUUUAAUAAAUGGUUGAUUGUUGCAAAGUAUUUUUUGACUCAAUAUAACCUGAUUUGCAAUAAUACAUAAAUGAUACUAAUAUGUAUAAAUAUACAUUUUAUAUUCUUUACUAAAUCAUUAGAGAUUAAGUAAAGAAAUGGCAAUAGCAAGUUCUUCGCAAAAAAAUGGAAAAAUUUUAGAUAAUAAUUGACCAAAAGAUCUAACAUAUCAAGAAAAUGUCAGAGACUUCAACUGACUGGGUAGAGUUAGGAGUUUAGGCUAUGCGCAGUAUAUAAAAUUAAAUAGUUACAACAUUUAUAAAGAAAUCUUUGUCUAACAUGGAGCCUGUACUCAAUAAAACUGUGGAUGAUUUAACUUCAGAUUACACCAAAGCGAUUGAUAAUGCCUUUAUGUCUGUUUAUGAUUCUACAGAGCAAAAAAUCAACAUAGACAACUUUCUUAAGUAUACUGUGAAUAUCAAUAAAUAUAUUGAUGAAAUGAAAAGAGAUUAAAUUAAAAUCAAAGCUGAAGAAUUGGUAGAAAAUAAAACAACAGAAUUUAAUCUAGGAUUAUAAAAUAUAAUUGAUGAAUUAAAUUAAAUUAUUUUACAUUUUGUUAACACUGAAAUAUUUGACUUCGAUCAACUUAUUGAAAAAUUAAAUACUAUUUAUUUUGAAGGAGUUUCUUUAUAAUUAGGUUAAGAAAUUAUUAUAGAAAAUUUAAAAAAUAAACCUUAAUUUAUAGAAGAGGAAGAAGAAGUCUAAGAUGAUGAUUUGAACUGUGAUGUUGAAGAAGAAAAAGAAGAGGAAGAGUAAAAAUAAGAAAAUAAUGAAGUCCAAGAAAUUCACUAAGAUAAGGAUAAAAGCUGUUACAGAGACAACGAAAAAGUAGAUGGCUUAACAGAAAAUGAGCAAGAAAUCAAUAGUAAUAAAUAAAGUUAAAAGGAAAAUGGUUUAGAAAAAUAAGCUCUAGAUUUUAGUGAAAUAAUAAUGAAAAGCUGUGGAAAUAAUAAUAAAGAAUAGGAAGAUAAGUAAAAGAAUUAAAUUAUAAUAUUUAAUUCGUCUUAAUCCUAAAUUGAUAUGUUAAACGAUAAAUAAAAGCAAGAUAGUGAGGAUUCUUUUGCUAUGGAUCUAAAUGAAUCUGUAAUUAAUGGUGAAUUAAGCAAAAAUAAUAAUGAUAAAUAGAUUGAAGAAGUUUAAAGUAAUAUUUAAGGUGAAAGCAAAAAUUAGCAAAGUAAUUGUAUGGAAGGUUAAGAUGAAAAUUAAGAUAAAAUAUUAUAAUAUGGUGAUUAAAAUAAUUCUUAAUCAAAUAUAGAAACUUAAGAAUAAGAAAAGAAAAUUUCAAAUUAGGAGGGAGAUAUAUUGCAAGAGAAUGAAUAAGAUUUAUGCAAUGAGGAAAAAAAAGAAGACUCUAAACAUAUUGAAAAAAUAAAUAAUCAAACUAGCAUAGAUUAAGAAGAUAAUAAUAAAACUAAAUAAGAUAAUGAAAUUUAAAACGAAGUAGAUACAAUUUAAGUAGAUAAAAACAAUAAUUCCACUAAACAUUUUGCAGAAAACUAAGAAGAAUAAAUAAAUCAUAACUCCGCUCAAGCCGAGUAAUCAUAAAUAAUUGAAAACGAUAAUAUUCAAACAUCAUUAGAUAAGGUGUAAAGUAGUUAAGAUUAAGAAGAUAAUGAUAAAACUAAAUAAGAUACUGAAAUUUAAAACGAAGUAGAUACAAACAGUUAUUCCUCUAAAAAUUUUACAAAUAACUAAGAAGAAUAAAAAAAUAAUGAUUCUACUCAAGUCGAGUAAGCAAAACUAAAUGAAAAAGGUAAUACUCAAACCUCAUUAAAUAGUGUAUAAAGCGGUUGUGAAUAAGAAGAUGAUAAUAAAAAGAAAUAAGAUACUCAAAUUUAAAAUGAAACAGGUACUAUUUAAGUAGAUUCAAAUAAUAACUCUUCUAAAAAUGUUCAGGAUAAGUAAGAAGAUGAUAGAGAGUAGUGCUUAAAGAUUAAUUAAAAUGAUAUAGAAGAUUUAUAAAAAAAUUAAAAUGACAAAUAAAAAAGAGCAUCUGAAUAAUAGCUUAGUGAUUCUGACUCAGGAAAAAAUGGCUCUAAAAAAGAGAAAACUAGAAUUAAAAAAAUUAAAAUAGUUAAAAAGUAUAUACCAGUUUAGUCGUUAUAUAUAUAAGGAAUGAGGAAAAUUUAUAAUGAAAUAAAUCCUACAAAUGGCAAUAAGAUAAUACUUUAGUUUAAAGAAGAACUCAAUAAUGAGAUGGAAUAAAUGCUGAAAUUACAUUAUCAAAAAAUGAUAGGAUGUCAAGAGAGAUGCCCAUUUUGUGGUUAAAAAUGUCAUUUAGAGCUAGGACAUUCUGGUGACCAUAGUGUUAAUGAUCGUCAUUUAAUUAUCGGAAUUCAUGGGUAUGGUAAACAAGAAUUUUAUGUUAAUAAAUUUUGCUAUGAUACAAUAGAUGAACCAUUCAGAAUUAAUUACUAAAGAUUUGAAAAUAUGUAUGAAGCUUCAUAAAAAUUGUUCCCAAAUUGGUCAUCUUGCUUCUCUUUAGAUAAAAAAAAUAAUUAAGAUUAGAAUUUCAGUUAGAUUCUAAAAUAAGGAUAUGCAUUGACUGCUAAAUGGUUUGCUAACCACAAUAACAAAAGCAGGCUAGAAGAUUUAAAAGAAAAUGUGCCAUAAGAAUUUAAAGAUCUUGCUUAAAAUUAAGAAGAAAUAGAUGAAACAUAUAAAAUCUAAUGGAAAUAUAUAGACGAUCAAAGCAGUGAUUAGUCACAAGAUGAUUCUCAAGAUUAGGAUAUAAGUUAAUUAAAGUAAAGGUUGCUUAGGCUAUUUACUUUUAUACAUAUAAUAUUAAGUGAUUGA